CUGGAAAAACAUGAAAAAACAGUUUUGGGUAUAGAAUAGCCUUAAAUGGUAGGAGGGAGGAAUGGGGAAAGAAUUGCAUUGUACUGUACAAAACUUUGUCAAACCGGUCAAAAUUUAACUUGGCUUUAUAGAUUUGGCAGUUAGGAAAAAUUCUGAAUAUCUUAGUAUUAUAUGUUCGGUAAAUUUGAUUUUGAUUGUCAAAUUUGAUUUAAAAAUAAUCAAAACAUAAAAAUUGGAAAUCUAUGGUGGUGGGUUCUAGAAGAGUUAUUUUCAAGGACAUUGUCAUGCUAGUACUAGGCCUUGAAGCAAACCUUGUGCAGUGGUUAACUGGAAAUUGCCCUAUUUUAGGGAUUUUUUCAGGAACUAUCCAUUACGUCACUAGCAAACUGAGGAACCAGUUAGCCAAGGGAAAUGUGCUGCUUAGGCAUUGCUCCAAUGAAUUAUUUUGUGAUCAAAAUAAUGUUUGUGUCCUCACAUCCCACAAAUUUAACAACAGUGUAAUCUCUGUGAUUUCUUAAUAAUGAUAAGAGUGGCAGUGUAUGAGUGGUGAUAGUGGCAACGCUCACAUCCAAGUGGAGAGUUUCCCACGGUUGAGACAGCAGAUGUUGGCAGCAGACAAUGAAAUGAACCUUUUCUAUUCAUUCUGUUUCCUGUGAGCAAAUAUUCUAUUCCUCAUUGUCCAUAACAAAACCCUUCUGAGUGCAGCAUAGCUAUAACAAAACCUUAUUUAUCACCAGCAAUAUUUACCCUACCUGUAAUCCACUAUCAGCUAUUUUAUUUUAGUUCCGAACAGGACCUGCUGUUUGUUCUCUUCUGCACAGAACAAGAGAUCAACCCAAUGAAACCGUCACCUUUGAGCUAGUGUAGGAAUGUGUGAGUCUGAGAGAUAAAGGGAGCUAUAAAGGGGGAAGCAGCUGGGAGGGCUCCAGACCAAACUGACCACGGCUCCCAAAAGGUUGUGGCCCAGGUUUGAAGAGGUUCAUUCCUAAGGAAUCAGCAUGGAGCCUGAGGAGUACAGACAGAGAGGGAAAGAGAUGGUGGAUUACAUUUGCCAGUACCUGAGCAAUGUGAGAGAGAGACGGGUGACUCCUGAUGUACAGCCAGGUUACAUGAGAGCCCAGCUGCCAGACUCUGCCCCAAUGGAUCCAGACAGCUGGGACAACAUCUUUGGAGAUAUAGAGAAGAUUAUUAUGCCAGGGGUAGUCCAUUGGCAAAGUCCACACAUGCAUGCCUACUUUCCAGCUCUAACAUCCUGGCCUUCACUCCUUGGAGACAUGUUGGCUGAUGCAAUUAACUGCUUGGGAUUCACAUGGGCCUCCAGCCCAGCCUGUACAGAACUGGAAAUGAACGUGAUGGAUUGGUUGGCUAAAAUGCUGGGCCUUCCAGAUAAAUUCCUGCACUACCAUCCUGACAGUGUGGGUGGAGGAGUAUUACAGAGCACUGUGAGUGAAUCAACCUUGGUUGCAUUGCUGGCAGCAAGGAAGAACAAAAUUCUGGAGAUGAAGGUUUCUGAACCAGACACUGAUGAGUCCUCGCUCAAUUCUCGCCUCAUCGCUUACGCAUCUGAUCAAGCACAUUCCUCUGUAGAAAAGGCUGGCUUGAUUUCUCUUGUGAAGAUAAAAUUUCUGCCUGUGGAUGAGAACUUUUCCCUCAGAGGUGAAACUUUGAAGAAAGCCAUUGCAGAAGACAGAAAGAAAGGCCUAGUGCCAGUCUUUGUUUGUGCAACUUUGGGUACAACUGGUGUCUGUGCUUUUGACAAUCUCUCAGAACUGGGUCCAGUUUGUGAUGCUGAGGGACUCUGGCUUCAUAUUGAUGCUGCAUAUGCAGGAACAGCAUUUGUGUGUCCUGAAUUUCGAUUGUUUCUGGAUGGAAUUGAAUAUGCAGAUUCCUUUACUUUUAAUCCUUCUAAGUGGAUGAUGGUUCAUUUUGACUGCACUGGAUUUUGGGUUAAAGAUAAAUACAAGUUACAUCAAACCUUCAGUGUUAAUCCUGUCUACCUCAGACAUGCCAAUUCAGGAGCUGCAAUUGACUUCAUGCACUGGCAAAUUCCACUGAGUCGUCGAUUUCGUUCUUUGAAGCUGUGGUUUGUGCUGCGUUCAUUUGGAGUGAAAAAGCUUCAAGCUCAUGUCCGACAGGGAACUGAAACAGCCAAAUUCUUUGAAUCCUUGGUUAAAAGUGACCCACUCUUUGAAAUUCCUGCCAAGAGACAUCUUGGACUGGUUGUAUUUCGCCUAAAGGGUCCCAAUUGGCUGACAGAAAAACUCCUGAAAGAACUGAGCAGUUCUGGCAGGCUUUUCCUCAUUCCAGCAACCAUCCGUGACAAGUUCAUCAUUCGCUUUACUGUGACAUCUCAGUUCACAACCAGAGAAGAUAUUCUGCAGGACUGGAGCAUCAUUCAACACACUGCAGCCCAAAUCAUUAGGCAGAAUUAUGGGUUGCACUACAUCAAUUCUGGUGAUGGGGCAGGAGUCCCCACUACAAUAGUUCAGCCUACUUCUGAUGCCAUUAGUAAUGUUCCUCAGCUUUAUUUAGAUGGAGGGAAAUACAAAACACCUUCCAGAAAAACAGUAGUUCAGCCUAAGAAAUUAUCAGUAAGUCCCAGUACAUGUGUGAUUAGUCAGCAGGUGAAAGGUCAAGAGGAUCCUCUGGAUGACUGUUUUCCAGAAGACGUCCAAGAUGUUACCAAACAUAAGUUAACCUCUUUUUUAUUCAGUUAUUUAUCUGUUCAAGGCAAGAAGAAGACAGCACGUUCCCUUAGCUGCACCAGUGUGCCAGUGACUGGCAAUCUGGAGCAAUGUAACCCCAAAGCAGCAGCCACUGACAAGAAGGAGUCUCGUACAAAUGCCAGAGUUCUUUCCAGGCUGCCUGAAGACAUGAUGAUAUUCAAAAAAGGUGCCUUCAAAAAACUAAUUAAAUUCUACAGUGUUCCAAGCUUUCCAGAGUGUAGCAUUCAGUGUGGCCUUCAGCUGCCUUGUUGUCCUCUGCAGGCCAUUGUUUAACAAGUCAGAGAGCUUGGUCCUUAGAAAAAGAACCAAAGUUUGCUUAUUCACAUGCAAUACUACGUGUUCUUUUGUUCAAAUGUAUGUCAUGGCAAUGACCACUGAGAAAAUGCCUGUGCUUUUACUGGUGAAAACCUCAUGUAUUUAUAGAUUAAAAUGUCAAAUAAAUCUUGUAGGCCUAUA